GGAAAAUGGAAAGCUGGGAAAGUAAAUGGGAGACGGCGACUGACUCUUAUUGCCCUUCUUCGUAAUCGUCUUCCUCUUCUCUGGGUUCUUACUGGGGAUUUGAUCGGAGGUAAACGCUUGGAUUCCCGAUUUGAUUACCCAGGGCUUGGGGUUCUUCGAUCGCAGGCUUUUUUCGCCAUCAUCGUCAUCCUUCUCCGGUGAUAUUUCUCAUCUGGUUGUCGAGGGCAAGGGUUUGGAGUUUGCUUCAUGUGAUUCCCGCGCAUAUCUACUGUUUUCUGGUGUUCGGGAGCUCUAGUUUAGGGCGUAGAUGGUGUAGAAUAACGCAAUAUUCGAGACGAGUCGAGGACUCCUGAAGCAAAACUGUGACUCUUUGUCUUCCAGGCUCUUGCUCUUUCUUCAGAGGUUGAUCGGACUCUUGACACGUAACACGGGAUCGAAAAAAAUGCUCGAAGGGCAGAAGUUCAAUGUGCUUGCUGUUGGGAAUCACAACAACGACAACAAUUAUUAUGCUUUCACCCAAGAGUUUUAUCAGAAGCUCGGCGAGGGUACAAACAUGUCCAUCGACAGUCUACAGACAAGCAAUGCUGGAGGAUCUGUCUCGAUGUCUGUUGAUAACAGUAGUGUCGGCUCUAGCGAUUCUCUAAUUGGCCAUCCGGGUCUGAAGCCUUUGCGCCAUGUCUACUCCCUGUCUGUUGGGCAAAGCGUCUUUCGUCCAGGAAAAGUUACACAUGCACUCAACGACGAUGCGUUAGCUCAAGCUUUGAUGGACAGCCGGUUUCCAACUGAGGGACUGGCGAACUAUGAAGAAUGGACGAUAGAUUUGAGGAAACUUCAUAUGGGUCCUGCUUUCGCUCAAGGGGCUUUCGGUAAAUUAUAUAAGGGGACAUAUAACGGAGAGGAUGUUGCGAUUAAGAUACUUGAGAGGCCAGAUAACAGCCCGGAAAAGGCACAGGCCAUGGAACAGCAGUUCCAGCAGGAGGUCUCAAUGCUUGCGAAUUUGAAGCACCCAAACAUCGUGAGAUUUAUCGGAGCAUGUCGCAAGCCGAUGGUGUGGUGCAUUGUAACUGAAUAUGCCAAGGGAGGUUCAGUUAGGCAGUUCCUGACAAAGAGACAAAAUCGAGCUGUGCCCUUGAAACUUGCAGUUAAGCAGGCAUUGGAUGUUGCCAGGGGAAUGGCUUAUGUGCACGAGCGUUACUUCAUCCACCGGGAUUUGAAAUCAGAUAACCUUCUGAUAGCGGCUGAUAAGUCCAUUAAGAUUGCAGAUUUCGGGGUAGCACGGAUUGAGGUCCAAACCGAAGGGAUGACACCAGAGACUGGGACUUACCGAUGGAUGGCCCCAGAAAUGAUCCAGCAUAGGCCGUAUACACAGAAAGUGGAUGUGUAUAGUUUUGGAAUUGUCUUGUGGGAGUUGAUCACAGGUCUGCUACCGUUCCAAAACAUGACGGCUGUACAGGCGGCAUUCGCUGUGGUGAACAGAGGAGUACGUCCGAACAUCCCGAGUGAUUGCCUCCCAGUGCUGAGCGAGAUCAUGACCCGCUGCUGGGAUUCCAAUCCCGAGGUUCGCCCGUCUUUUACUGAGAUAGUCAAAAUGCUCGAAGCUGCUGAAACCGAGAUAAUGACGACGGUGCGGAAAGCCCGUUUCAGAUGUUGCAUGAGCCGACCGAUGACCAUUGACUAAAUUUCUAAAACAGGAAGAAGAAGAGUAGAAGGAAGAAGGUAAAAGGAAAAAGAAAAAAAAAACAGGGGAGUGUUUUUAAGAGUGGCUUUAGAUAUUUGUGUGUGUAUCUAUCUAUAUAUAUACAUACAUUAUAUAUCAUGAAUGUAUUUCAUUUCCAAGAUAGGAGGAUAAGUAACCCAUUUUAGACUACUACUGAUUUUCUAGCUUUUGUAUUAAGGAUUAAACAAAAGGGAGAAGAAAAUGUAUCCCAAGUGUUUGUUUAGUGUUUUUUUUUUUAUUCCUUCUU